UAAUUGUGUAAACACCAAACAAAUGGCCGUCAAUGGACGUCAUUGGCCGUGUUGUUUUCUGCAUUGGAUUAUUUCAACUUGAGUGUGAUAGAAUCAAGAAGCAAUCUAUUACGUCUAUUUUUGUUUAUAUUAUGUUUUUGUAUCCCACAUAUCUAAAAUGUCCUGAAACUAUCAAGUGUUAGCAUAUGUGGAAGAUGUUGCGCUACGAAGGCGUACGACGGGCCACAGUUCAUUGCCUUAUGUAAAACUCGAAAUGGUGUUUCUUCCGUGAGUGACCGAAAUAAUACAGUGACUUAUGUGUAUAGUGUGGUGAAUUUUGGUGUCAGCGCUUAUUGAGAAAGUGACAAAAUGUCUACUUCUUCGGCGCAAGUGUUAAUGAAAAAGGGCAAACGGGGUGCAGCUGGAUAUAUACACGCGGAGUGCGUCAACGGUUCUUCGCAACACCUCGGGCCCUUGCUGGAUGUUCUACUUAAUCCUAGUAAAGCAAUUGACGAGUGGGAGACGGUGGAUUGGUGUCGCUGGCUCAUUGCGGGAGGUCGAACGCCUGAUGAAUUUGCAGCUAUUGUCCGGAGCUACGACAAGCACGACAAAUGCGGCCUCGUGUGGAUACCGAGGGUGGUCGCGUACAGGUGUCGCACUUGUGGCAUAUCGCCAUGCAUGUCGAUAUGUCGCGAGUGCUUCCACCGCGGCGACCACAGCACGCACGACUUCAACAUGUUCCUGUCGCAGGCUGGCGGCGCAUGCGACUGCGGUGACAAGUCCGUCAUGAAGGAAGACGGGUUCUGUAGCAACCACGGCAACAAGUGCCCAAGGCCGGGCACCGUCCCCGCCGACCUGAUGUGCGUGGCUGAGGCCAUGAUGCCCAGGCUCAUACUGCGGCUUUUACAGCAUUUCAGGGAGAACAGUUUCUCAUCGGGCGCUCAGAACAAUUCGGACAGCUACCGAAUCGCUGUGCACGAGUGCGAGUUCUACGUGCAAAUGCUGAUGGAGUUUAACAACAUGGGUGACCUGAUGCGCUCGGCUAUGACGAAGGCUCUCAUUAAUCCUCAGAUGUACCGGAACCUGGUGGAGCCCCCGUUCCCGGACACGGAGUACGGGUGUUACAUGGCAGAGUCCAACAAGAUGUACGAGAAGGCCAUAGAUUCGUUCCCGGCUCCAGAACCCCCUGACGAAUACAAACACCUCCCGGCAUUAGCGCCUCGUCUCCAGCACAACACCCUGCUGGAGGAGUUCAUCUUCUGGACGUUCAAGUAUGAGUUCCCACAGAACAUCGUAUGCUUCCUGCUGAACAUGCUUCCCGACCAGGAUUAUAAGGAGCACCUAACCCGCACAUUCGUGAUGCACUACGCGCGCAUUCCACUUGUCCUGGAGGCGGCCAGCGACCCCGACACGCUCUCCAACAGAGUCGUACACAUGUCCGUGCAACUGUUCUCCAAUGAGGCAUUGGCACUGAGAUGCGUCCAACAACUCCAUCUACUACACGUCAUGGUCCUCUCGCUGAGGGUCAUGAUGGGGAAGAUCUUAGUGCAGAAUACACUGCACGAUCCGAGCAAGAAUUUUCAUUACGUGAUCGAUUGCACGAGGAGAGUGAUGAAGGAGCAUUGCUAUUGGCCGCUGGUGUCAGAUUUCAAUAAUGUGCUGUCGCAUAAGAGUGUGGCGUUGUUGUUUCUGCAAGACGACGCUCUGGUCGAUAUGUGGUUCGAAUUCCUGUCUAUGUUGCAAGGCAUGAACGUGAACGUGCGCGAGGUGGGCAGCCACAUCGAGUUCGAGCCGUCGUCGUACUACGCGGCGUUCUCGUGCGAGCUGGAGGCGGCCGCGUACCCCAUGUGGUCGGUGCUGGCGCACCUCACGGCGCCGCAGCAGGCGCCGCUGGCCCGCCGCAUGGUGGCCGCCGCGCUCACCCACCUGCAGGAGUGGCUGGACGCCGUGCACUUCACCGCGCCCGCCGCCGACCCGUCGGAGGUGAUGCAGGCGUCGUUCCACUUCCCGCUGCACCGCUACCUGGCGGCGUUCCUGUGCUGCGGCGUGCGCUCGCUGCAGCUGUCCGCCGCCGACGUGCUGCCCACCGCCGACCUGCUGGCCCUGCUGGCGCAGCACCCGCUCCGAGUGCAGAGUUUGUUCUACGAGAUCCUGGCCGGUAUUUGGGUGCGCAACGGCCUCCAGAUCAAGGGGCAGGCGAUGACGUACAUCCAAGCGAACUUCUGCAACAGUAUGGUCGACAUGGACAUCUACUGGUUGCAGAUAUGCGCCGCCCAUCUCCCCGCGGACCAGUUCAUCGAUAUGUGUAUCGAUAUGUUUGGUGUUCGCGAAUGGCUGAGCAUGCUGCCGAUGUCUCCCGUGCAGGCAGCCGAGCAAGACGCCAUGGUGGAGGGUCUACUUACCUUCUUAGCCAUAUUAGUCUCUUCGCAGACCAACCUGGGUAACGAUGAGCUGACCCAGUCGCGGCUGGAAGUGAGCACCCUCCUCGCGGCCGGUGACAAGACCCACUCCCAACUCCUGGAGCUGAUGCCGGAGAGGUCUGGCAACGCGCACACCAGGAACUUCGAGACUGUUCUCAAAGAGGUGUCGACCUACCGUCCCCCUCCAAAAGGUUCGGAGAACCUGGAACAAGGUCUGUUCGUGCCGAAGCCGAUAGUUUGGGAGAAGUAUUACGAGCCGCUGCACGUGCUCAGGCGCGCCGUGCACAGGAGGGACUUCCACUCGUCCAUGGAGAGAUUCACGGCAUACGUCCGCGAGAAGCAGAAGAGCGCGGGCGGCGGCGGGGUGCCCCCGGGCGGCGGGCCCGCGCUGUGGCCCCCGCUGCGGCUGCCCCCGCCCGCGCCCCGCGGACACGGGGACCCCCGCGCUGUCGCUGCGUCAGGCGUGCUGCACGGCGCGCUGCUGGCGGUGCUGCACCGCGGCGUGCACCGGCGCGCGGCCGACACGCCGCCGCCGCACGCGCCGCCCGACCACGUGCUGGCGCUGGCCGUGCACCUGCUGCACGUGGCCGCGCACCUCGCGCUCACCAACACCGCCCGCGACAUGUGCGUGGCGGAGUCGGCGGCGUCGGCGCGGCCGGCGCGGGUGGCGGGCGUGCCGCUGCUGGGCGCGUUCGCGGGCGCCGCCGUGUGCGACAACGCGCGCGCCGUGGUGGCCGCCGUGCCGCGCGCGCCCGCCGCCGCCGCGCCGCAGGCGCACUACCCGGCGCACUACCAUUCUGAUAGUGACACAGAAUGGGAACCACCACCGCCUCACAGGUCCCCUAUACACAAAGCAGAACUACCUGCCGCCAGCUCCGCGUCACAGCUCAGUACCACCGACACGGCGCUCGUGGUACCACCAUCGCUACAGGUGGCUAGAGAAGAUUCAAUGCCAGACGACCAAUCCGAUGCUGGGGGAGACGCCCCGCACAUCAGAGCUUUGGAGGAGGGCGAGUCGCGGUCGGUGCUGUCGGCGUCGCCGUCGCUGUCGGCGUCGCCGGAGCCCGACAUCGGCAUGACGCUGGCGCUCGCCGGCAGCGCCGACCGCCCGGACACGGACUACGAGAUGUCGGCGCCCGAGUGGCCUGCGCUGCCCGCGCCGCCCGCGCGCUGCCCGCCCGCGCGGCCCUCCACCAGCACGCAGAUGCAAAUUCACAAUCAACAAGCGGACGAAUCGAUUCCCGUGAACGAAUCGAUCAUAUCUCUACUGCUCAAACUCCACUCGCAACUCUCCGGCCGCCUCGACUCGUUCUCCCUCGAGGAACCUGAGCCGGAGUCACAUGAGCUAAUCGGUGACGGCCCACAUUUCAUCGGAGCAGUGCUACAUAAGUUGGCACGUUUGGACGCGCGAUGCGCUGCCGCCAUACAGCACGUGAGGAGCACGCUGUGGCCGCAUCAGAGGGAACGCCAGGCCGAACAGAAAGCAAGGGAGCGGCAGGAGAAGGAGGAGCGGUCGCGGCGCGCGCGCGAGCGCCAGCAGCAGCUGAUGCGCGAGUUCGCGCGGCGCCAGCAGCAGUUCCUGCGCAGCGCGCGCGCCGCCGGCUGCGACGCCAUGGACUGGGACGACGGCGCCGUGCAGCGCGACUACGACUGCGUCAUCUGCAACACCACCGCGCCCACGCGCGCCGACGACCCCAUGGGGCUGUGCGUGCUGCUGCAGUCCACGUCCGUGCUCGGCCACCGGCGCCGCGCCGGCAGCGGCAGCGCCAGCGCUAUAUCGGGCGCCAGCGCCGCUAGCGCCACUAGCGCCGACGGCGCCGCGCUGCCGCUCUCAGAGGCUGAGAGAGCGCGGCUGUCGGCGCAGAGGGACGCCACGGCGGCCGCUCACCAUUAUAGGCUCAGGGAUGACCUUCACGACCACUUUGAUAAGGAAUCGUGGCUGAUGAGCGUGAGCGUGGGCUGGGAGGGCGGAGUCCACGUGCAGUCCUGCGGGCACCACCUGCACCUCCGCUGCCUGCAGCUGUACCUGCGCAGCCUGGCCGCCCCCCAGCGGCCGCACAACCUCCACGUGGAGAGGGGGGAGUUCCUCUGCCCGGUCUGCAGGCAGCUGGCCAACACCGUGCUGCCGUUGGCCCCGCCCCCGCCGAGAAUCCCGCCCUCCAUUGCCGGAAAUGUCACGUACAGUUACAACGAGCUGGCGCAGCAGAUACAGAGGAUGUUGGAGGAAGACAGACCUUCUCCGCCUGCAAGUCGCCUGUCAGACGCGAUGGGCAAAGCAAUGAAGGACAUGACUGCCACAGCCAGCAGCAAGCUGCGGCAGCGUUACGGCAGCUCGCCGGCCGCCAUCUUCACGUUCGUGGCGUCGCUGGUGAGGACCAACCUGGAGUGCGAGCUGGUGCAGCGGGGCGGCGCCUUGCACAGUCUCUGUGUGCCCCGCUACAAGCCCCGGAACGAAUGUAUAGUGCCCCUGGUGUCGGUGGCGGGCGCGCACGUGCUGCCGCUGCGCGAGGCGGGCGCGGGGCUGGGCGCGGCGCUGGGCGCGGCGGCCGCCUGGCGCCUGCUCACGGACGCGGACGGCGGCCCGCGCGCCGCGCCCGGCGCCGUGGUGCGCGGGGCCGCGCCGCCCGCGCGCGCCGUGCCGCUGCUGCUGCGCGACCCGGCCGCGCUGCUGCUGCACUUCCUGCUGCUGGCGCCCGCGCACCCGCCCGCGCUCGACCUGCAACACUUCACGUGCAUGGUCCGAGCUCUGUACACGCUGACGUACUACCAGAUAGUGUGCCAGUUCAUCGCCAGCACCACGGCGGAGGGCCGCGCGGGGCUGGCGGGCGGGGAGGGGGCUGAGGGCGGGGAGGGCAGGGAGGGGGGCGGCGGGCUGCGGGGCGCGGCGCGGCUGCUGCUGGCCGCGCUGGCGGACUCCGACCUGUUCACGGAGGACGGCCCGCCGCAGCCGGCCAACCAGCAGCAGCCGGAUUUGCAGCAGAUGGAGCAGCAGCUUCAAGAACUCCUUCUGCCAUUCGUCCGAAUCGCAGCUCUCCUCCGUCACCAUUUAUACGGCGCGGAAUUACCCGAAAUACAAUCACCCGAGCAGGAGUUUGUUCGUCUGGUCUACUACCUGGAGCUGGUGACUGAGGGCAUGGAGUGGAGCUCGUGGUCCGCCAGCAGGGCGUUGGCUGAAGGCUCCGAAGUAGUCGCCAGGAGGUGGGCCAGGCAGUUGGGAACGGCCGCCGAUAGAGGGCAGUUGGUGGUCCGCCGGCUGCUGCGCUCGCUGCACGUGGAGUGGUCGCAGCCGGCGCUGCUGGCGCUGCCGCGCGACUACGACCGCCUGUUCACGUACUACCACGAGCGGGUGUGCCUGCAGUGCGGCGCCGUGCCCAAGGAGGCCUCCGUGUGCCUGCUGUGCGGCACGGUCGUGUGCCUCAAGCAGGCCUGCUGCAGGCACCAGGACGUCAACGAGGCCGUGCAGCACGCGAUGGAGUGCGGCGGCGGCACGGGCAUCUUCCUGGUGGUGACCUCCACCUACAUCGUGGUGAUCCGCGGCCGCCGCGCCUGCCUCUGGGGCUCGCUGUACCUGGACGACUAUGACGAGGAGGAUCGCGAUCUCAAACGCGGCAAGCCUCUAUACCUGAGCCAAGACCGACUGGAACUCCUGCAGGCUCAGUGGCUGGCGCACCGCUUCGACCACACCAAGCGGACUUGGGUUUGGCACCGGGACUCACUUUGAGUAAACCUCAACACUGUGACUCAGAAACUUAACUUAUGUACAAGAUGACUAUAUGAUUUAUGAAUUACAAUUGUAAUGUUAUAGUUAUUUCGUUAAAAAUAUCAAUGGAUAGUUGAACAAUGUUCGUACCGUUUUUUUUUAAAUAAUUUAUUCCACUAAUAUCUUGCUAUAAUAACAUUUUGUGUUACUGUUGCUAAAAUUAUCUUUUAUCUCUCACUUCUAGAUUCUCUAACAUGAGUACUUUGAUUCAAUUAAUGAUUUGAAUUGUUUACUUAUAAAUCAAAUUAUUUAUCAAUCAUCUCUAGAUGUUGUGACAUCUGUAUUUUUCACUUUUUCACAUUUCAAGUCGACUCUCACGAACUUGUAGUAACAUGUGCACAGCGGUCACUAACAACAAUUGUAUAGUUGUAAUUAUAGAAAAUUGUUUCUAGUAAUCUGAUCUCGCCGCGCUUCAGAUAACGACGAAGUUUUUAAGACACAGCGUUACAUACUUACAUGCCAAUAAUUUUUCUUUUCUUUUUAAAACGCGUAUACUUUUUUCACGUGAAAUGUAAGUUGCCCAAAUAGAGACGUCUUGAUAUGAUUCGAAAUAUUUCAUCGAUUUAUAUUUUAGCGUUAGGUUAGCUAAGGACUUGUUAAAAUUAUUAAGUAGUUUUAUGUAACUAUGCUUACGUUAGUUAUUGAAAUACAAUAAUACACCCUUGUGAAUAUCCUUACUGACAAUUGACUUUAUUGUUUAUAUUCGCAAGUGUGUAAGCUCGUACAUAUAAGCCUGGCUGUGAGAACGCCUUAGAGGAAACAAAACAAUAGGAAAUUUAUAUAACUUAUCAUGAAAUGUUUCGACAGUUAAAUUUUACUGGGAUUUUUGCCAUAAGUGAUGUCAGCCUCUCUCGCCAUCCUACUAUUACAAAUCUAUUAUCUAACAUUAACAGACAUAAAUUUCAAAACAUUCUUAUUGCCUACCUUAUUAUAAUUUAUUUCUUAUUCGCUUCUGAAACAACGUAUGAGCGGUCAUCGACUGAUCAAUAAACUAACGAAUUGCAUUUCGAUUACCGAUCAUACUCUUUUGCUAUCUUGUAAAUAACAUUUUAAAUAAUGGUGAAAUGGCAACAUCAGAUUUCAUUAACUAUUCUUAACAUAGAAUUCUUAACGUAUGUUCAAAAUUAGUAAACUUGAUGCCUUACACAGCAAUAUUAUAAUGAUUUAUGAAACUACAAAGUUUAUCAUUGUUGAAAUUGUUUCUUGUUUUGGUCAGGCUUCGUCGUAAUGUAGUUUAGUAUUCGUUUUUAUCGUCAGAGCGUGUUGUAUUUCGGACGGUGGAAAAAUUGUGUUCUAUCGGACAUAAAGAAAUAUUUUAGUCUCCAAGCUUGUCAUCCCAUUGUUUAUGGAUAAAGGGGAAGUCAUAGUUGAAGGCAAUUUAUUUUCUGCAGUCAUAAUCAUUCAUAGAAAUGUCCGAUUAUGAAAACGUGUGUCCGGUAGAACGUUUAGUUUGUCGCAUUGCCCUCACUUUCUGUAAAUAUGGCGGUCAAUUUCAAUGUCCGAUGGGUGUUGCUAGGCUGUGAAUGUAAAUUUUACUUUCUCUGUUGACGCAUUGACAAGACCUAGAGUUAUAAUUAAAUUAUUAUUAUUUUAUAUUUCAUAUUUUUUUUUAUAUAGGAUUAAAACAACGGAUUAGAUAUCGCAUUCAGAUUUCCCAUACCAAAUAACGAUAGUUCUUCGGCGAGUGUUGACAAUAGCUUUAGUUGUAAGUCGGUAUUGUUUAAUACGUUAUUCGUUAACAUUGAUCGGUAUUUUUUCAUAAUAAACAUUUGAAAGUCGUGGCUUUUAUUACUUCAUUAACUAUUUAAACCUUUUAGGUGUACAGUUUUACUAGUGGAGUUGAUGCAAUCUUUUGCGUUGUCUAACAUAUAUUAGUGUUAAAUUAAUCGAUUUAGGUUUUGUUAGCGCUUCCCAAAUCCUAGGUUUUCUGACUAGUGCAUUAUUAUACUACUAUCGUAAUAAGAGAUGCGAAUACGUAACGAUGUCUAAAUUGAAUAAUAAUCUAGUUUUGAUACGAAAUGGAAUGUCAUUAUAAUGGUAUGGCGCGUCUAAUACGAACCGGAUUAUUUUGGUUUCUCGUGUGCAAUGUAGGUGAGAAAUUGUUUGUAUUUUUCACAUUUAAGUACAUUGUAUUUUCUUUUAUAAAAUUUUGUGUGAAAAUUGUAUUUAAAUAGUGUAGUUGUUAUUUUUUAUAAAGUAACGUCGUUUAUGUUGUAACAACGAUGUGGUGAAAUAUAUAUAAAUUUAUUAUAAAUUGAUGAAUUUAACAUACAUACAAAUUGUAAAAUCGCACUGUAACGAACAAUUGAAAGGAAUUAAGGCUGUAUUAAUAUGACGAUAAUUAUUACUUUCGUUUGUAAUAUUAUCAGUAUCGAUAAAUAUUAUGUUAAUACCUCAUUACCACGCCCUAGCGCUGACACCAUCCGAGAAAUAUUUGUUAACGCUUGUAUGUAUAAUUGUUCUUGUAUAUAUAUAUUCAAUCAUUAAAGUUGUUGAUAUUUCAA